AAAGGUUAUUUGUAUGUCGAGCCCAGCCAGCCUCCAUAAGAUGCGUGUGACCAACCCUGAUCCCUGUUUCAUCCUAUCAGUAGAGACGCGAGCAAUCCAAGAAGUGUGUCCGGGCGUGUCAGAUCCUUCCAGAACCCAAACCCCUCCAUCCGUAUAAAACUUUACAGCACUAAAACUCCGACCAGCGGCGGCGAUUGCAGCUGCAAUUGCACAGUAGCAUAGCGUAGGCGAUGGGGAUAAUAAGGAGCUGUUUCUCCUUCAUAGUAGGCACGGUUACUGGGGUUUACAUUGCUCAGAACUACGACGUUCCCAACAUCAAGAAGCUCGCCACCAGUGGCCUCUUCAUGGCCAAGCUCAUCGAAGAGAAGUACCGCAAGCCCAAGAACAAGAACGACGACGAUUAGCCCCAUAAUUAUCAACAGACGACAGGUUCCCUGCUUCUUUUGUUUUAUAUAUAAUUUUCUAGAAUGAAUUAUUGGAUCAUACUCGAUUUAUGAUUUUGCUGUAGGAGAAAAUUUAUACAAAAUCAAACUGUGAGUUUUAUUUGGAGUUAUCUUUGUAUUGGAUAUCUAAUUCAUCUUAUUUGCAAUUGAAUUUUGCCCUCUUUUUUUUAUGGGAAAA